AUGGAGAACGGAUGCAGGGACGCUCCAAGGGAUUCGGGGCUGCUCUGGGCGGGGGUGUGGGGUACGCGGGGACGCUGGGGGCCGGAGCGGCGGUCUCGCCGGCGGGGCGGGGGGCGGGAUGCGGGCGGGGCUGGGAGUGGCGGCAGCCCCGCGGCGGCGGCGCGGUGGCGGAGCGGCGGGGCCAUGGAGAGCGGCGGGGCGCUGAACGGCUCGGCCGCCGCCGGGCGCUUCGCGGCCGCGGGCACGGCGGCUCUGGGCGCGCUCAUGGCCCUGCUCAUCGCCGUCACCGUGGCCGGCAACGCGCUGGUGAUGCUCGCCUUCGUGGCGGACUCCAGCCUGCGCACCCAGAACAACUUCUUCCUCCUCAACCUGGCCAUCUCGGAUUUCCUAGUAGGUGCCUUCUGCAUCCCGCUGUACGUGCCCUAUGUGCUGACGGGGAGAUGGAUUUUCGGGAGAAGCCUCUGCAAACUCUGGCUGGUAGUUGAUUACCUGCUCUGCACCUCUUCGGUCUUCAACAUCGUACUAAUUAGCUAUGACAGAUUCCUCUCGGUGACAAGAGCGGUCGCUUACAGAGCCCAGCAAGGCAACACCAAGCAAGCGGUGCUGAAGAUGGUGAUGGUGUGGGUGUUGGCAUUCCUGCUGUACGGACCUGCCAUUAUCAGCUGGGAGUACAUAUCGGGCCACAGCAUCAUUCCCACCGGGGAGUGCUACGCUGAGUUUUUCUACAACUGGUAUUUUCUCAUGACAGCCUCUACCCUGGAGUUCUUCACCCCUUUCAUCAGCGUAAUGUUUUUCAACCUGAGCAUUUACCUGAACAUACAGAAGCGCACCAAGAUACGUCUGGACAUUCUCCAUGAAGUGCACAACCAGUCCUUCACUGAAGAGAUGGAAACGAGCCCAGAAGCAAAGCUUUCCUUGAAAUGCUGUAAGUGGGAGCAGAAGGAGUCAGCUGAAACCCCCGACCUCUCUAAGAGCAAAGCUCAAGCAACAGCCUCCACUUCCAGCUUGGGUGCCAAAGACCUGCUGGCAACAAGCUCGGAGAGCUCCGGGAAACCCAAGUGUUGCAACAAAAAGAGCUGUAAAAAUUCAGCGUCCACUCCGUCCUUAGAGAAAAGGAUGAAGAUCAUGUCCCAGAGCAUGACUCAACGCUUCAGGCUCUCUAGAGACAAGAAAGUGGCCAAAUCCCUGGCAAUCAUCGUGGGCAUUUUUGGGAUUUGCUGGGCACCAUACACUCUUCUGAUGAUCGUCCGUGCUGGCUGCCAUGGCCACUGUAUCUCUGAGUACUGGUACGAGACUUCCUUUUGGCUGCUGUGGAUCAACUCGGCCAUCAACCCUGUCCUGUACCCUCUCUGCCACUACAGCUUCAGAAGGGCUUUUAUUAAACUCCUCUGUCCCAAGAAGCUGAAGAUUCAACCUCGCGAUGCCCUUCAGAACUGCUGAAAGAGAAGCCAGCCCCGUGUGAGAAUGAGGAGAGUCUUGGUUUAAUGCUCCAGUAUUGGUGUAGGAAUGCAGCUUCCUUCCUUGGAAGAACCUGGGAGCUGGGAGCAGUGGCCUGGGGCAGGUGAGGAAGGCAGCAGCGAGACCACUAUUAAUUUAUUCUGGUUCAUCAUCAACAAAAUCCCACAGCAUAGGAGGGUAAAGGGGUUUUUCCUUUUGACGUUAACCACAGACGGUGAAGUCUGUGUCCGCCACUUGCAGAUGCCACAAAAGAGCUCUGCUGCCACCUAGUCAGGCUGAGCAGCACCAGCAUUUUGCUAAAAUAAAGAAAACUGGAAAAUAAAAGCUGACAAAAUAAUAUCUGACCUUAAACUAUGGCACUAAAUUACAGUUUAGCUGUUUGCAGAUCUGAUUUUCCCCAUAAAUGGGAGUGUUUUUUCCUAAGUU